GAAUCUUGUCAAGUUAUUAACAGCCAUUUCAGGUGUUGAUCACCAAGACAAUGAUUUUAAAGCAUUGGUUUAUGAGUUCAUGGCGAAUGGAAGCGUUGAGGACUGGCUGCAUCCAUUUGAUGACAUGAAUGGAUCAAAAGCAAUAAGAAACUUGAGCUUCGUCCAAAGAAUUAACGCGGCAAUAGAUGUUGCUCAUGCACUUGAAUAUUUGCACCAUGGUUGUGAGAUACCAAUCAUUCAUUGUGACCUCAAGCCAGGCAAUAUUCUACUUGAUGAGAAAAUGGUUGGUCAUAUAAGUGAUUUCGGCUUAGCAAAAAUCCUUUCUGUAAACACGAUUAACUAUUCUACUAAUCAGUCAAACUCCCUUGGAUUAAGAGGAACUAUUGGUUAUACUCCACCAGAAUAUGCGAUGGGAAGUGAGUUAUCAACAAAAGGUGAUGUGUAUAGUUAUGGCAUUCUCUUGCUAGAAAUGUUUACAAGGAAAAGGCCAACUGAUGAAAGUUUCAAGGAAAAUUUAAGUCUUCGUAACUUUGUUAAAGCAGCUUUGCCUGGACGAGUGAUUGAGAUUAUAGAUCCCAUUCUUCUUCAAGAGAGAGCUAAACAAGGAACAGUCACAAACAUCACCUUCAACAAGAUCAAUCUAGGAAACGACAUACAUCUUCAAUGUUUGAAUUCAAUAUUUGAACUAGGGAUCAUCUGUUCUGCUGAUUCACCAAGUGAGAGGAUAGACAUAAUUGAUGUUGUUUCCAAGCUUUGUUCUAUUAGAUGCAAGCUUCUUACCCAACGUUAUAUGAUGCUAAAUCCGCAGGUAUAUAAUAAUGUCUUCUUAUGCUGA